UGAUUAAUGCUUAUGAUGGAAAGUCCACUGAGACGUUCUUGCAUCAUAGUAGAUCUCAGGUGCCCUGUGCUCCCCUGCAGCGAAGAAGCAUCAGGUACCAUGGAUGUAUGGAGAUGGAUGCUAGCACUCUGCUUUUUCACAGCUUCAUGUAAAGGCAUAAUCUUUGGAGUAGGUGAAUCUGGGGGAACAACCGAGUCCCUGAAAUAUACUUGCAAGACAUAUGGCAGUGGAGUCGUCCAGGCUUUCCGAAGUUCACCUUUCUACGUGCGCUCCAACUGUCCGUUCACCUUCGCCCGCUUCACCCACAACCGGGUUGAAUGUGACAUCAGCAUACGGCGCGGGCAAAAUGGUUUGCUGGAUCUAAUCGAGAUCAUCAUCAACAGGGUCAAGACCGUUGUGCAGAACGGAACCAUCCGGGUCGAGAAGAAAAGUAUUUCUCUUCCAUAUGACCACACUUACCAGCACAUAUUUCAGUAUGGCAUCUACACCAGGCUGAAGAGUUCAUUACUCCCUCUGACCGUCACCUGGCACACUGUGGUGGGAGGACUUGACAGUGUUUGGGUUGAGCUGGAGCAAGAUCUGAGUUCUGACCUGAGUGGACUCUGUUCAAUACAAAAUUCAGUGAGCAACCUCCAGGAGCUGGUGAGAAAGUGUUUGAUUGCUGACGUCACUUGCCGCGUUCAGGACCUCCAGCCUCGCUUCAAUCCGCUGUGCAGGCAGUUCUUCUCACAAGCAAUAGACUGUAUGACGUUCCAAACGCCUAAAUACAUCUCCCUCUGUGACGAGAAUGCUUACUCCUACGAAGGCAGCAGCGACGUCAUGUGUGCUUUCUUCAAAGAGAUUGCGCUGAUGUGUGGAAAAAGAAGUUACAUUUGGAACCAAUGGAGAGCUAUAACCAACUGUGCUACACCGACGUGUCCUGGAGACCUGGUUUACAUAGAGGAGGGUUCUCCCUUUGUGCCCACAUGCUCAAACCCAGACCCCAGAUUACCCGGCGUGGAGAACACCAGCUCCUGUGUCUGUCCUGCGGAUAAGGUGCUGAAUGAUCAUGCUGACGAACAACAGUGCAUGGGUCUCCACGGUUGCCCCUGUGUGUUUAUUAAUCAGAUCUACUCUACAGGAGACAUUCGCACCACCAAUUGUCAAACAUGCCAGUGUGAUAGCGGGAGGUGGCAAUGCUCUGAAAACUCCUGCCAGGCCAGAUGUCUCAUUGAAGGACAGUUUGUCACAACAUAUGAUGGCAAACAGUUCGGAGUUCCUGGUAAAUGCACAUACAUAGCAUCACAGGGCCUAAACUGGUCCAUCAAAAUUGAGUUUUCGCAAACGGAAACUUCUCUGAAAGCUGUGUAUGUGCAGCUUAUCCAGGAAAUGUAUACAUUUACAUUAGGCAAGGUUAAAGUUGGAGACCGAGAGAUUACUGAGCUCUAUGAGUCUGAUUCAGUGCUCAUUUUCUGGCAGUCUUCCAUGUACAUUCAAGUUCAUACCACCUUUGGUUUGAAGCUUCAAGUCCAGGUGUUCCCUGAAAUCCUGCUGUCCAUCACUCCACCAAAACAGCUUAAUGGCCAGAUCUCAGGUCUGUGCGGCAACAGAAACGAUGAUACCACAGACGAUUUCACCACCAGCAGUGGGAUCAUCGAGAGUUCCGCGAAGCUUUUCGCUCUGUCCUGGAGUUUGGGGGAUUGUCCAGAGGACAUCCCCAACCCCUGCAUAAACACUGACAAUGAAAUAUUUGCAGAUGAGAAGUGCUCUGUGUUGAAUGACCCCAAUGGGAUUUUUGCCAAGUGCCAUGCGUACAUCCCAACUGAUCCGUACCACACAGCUUGCAUCCAGAGAACAUGUAACUGUGGCAACAAUCUGCUGCAGUGUUUGUGUGCUUCAUUGGGAAGUUAUGCAAAUGCCUGUGCCUUUCUGGGUGUUGAGCUUGGGGACUGGAGAAGAGCUGCCAACUGCACUUUGAAAUGUCAGAAGAACAUGGAGUUCUCCUACAAUGUUCGGGCCUGUAACAACACGUGCCGCUCCCUGUCGGGCCGCGACCCUCGCUGUGAGCUGGAAAACUCUCCAACUGAGGGCUGUGGCUGCCCAGAGGGAACCUAUCUGAACCAGGAAGACAACUGCACCCCAAAGGGGCAAUGCAUGUGUUACCACAGUGGGGGUAUGACACCACCAGGACCUAGCAUUAUUGAUGGGCAACAGUGCCUUUGUGAGGAUGGAAAACUCCACUGCUCCAAGGACUGUGGUUGCGGAGACGGGAAGGUUUGUCUUCACUGCUCAGAGUUUCCAGAGAACACGGCUCAGAAAACCUGUGACGGCCUCAAUAAACCCUUGGAUGCCAAUGUGACCUGUGUGAGUGGCUGUUACUGCCCUCCCAAUCAGUAUGAGGAUCACCAUGGGAGAUGCGUUUCCAGAAAUAGUUGCACCUGUAUGUACAGUGGCCAAGAGUUCAGUGCAGGAGAGCAAGUCAAAACCAACUGUAAAACAUGCACCUGUAUCCAGGGCCAGUGGAGCUGCACAGAUGAGACGUGCACAGGGAAGUGCCAAGUUUAUGGAAAUGGACAUUAUCAGACUUUUGACUCUAAAUGGUAUCGCUUUGAUGGACACUGUCAGUACACGCUUGUAGAGGAUUACUGCGGAUACAGAAACGGUUCCUUCUCUGUCAGAGUGGAGAGUGUGCCCUGCUGUGAUGAAGCCCUCACCUGUUCUCGUACCGUCGUUCUGGAUCUGAAGGACAAAGUCACUCUGACACUGAGUGACAUGAAGGUGACCAGACAACUCCAAGAUGGUUGGACUCUGGAGCAAGAACCCCUUUACACCACACACUCUGUGGGGCUCUAUAUAAUAGUCUUAGUGCCCAGCAAAGGUCUAACUCUGAUUUGGGACAGGCACACAAGGAUCACCAUAGAACUCCAUCCAGACUGGAGGAAUAAAGUUUGUGGCCUCUGUGGCAAUUUUGACUCCAGUGAGAUGAAUGACCUACGGAUAAGUGGCUCAGCCGUGGUGAGCAGUCCACUAGCUUUUGGCAACAGCUGGAAGACUGCCACUCCUCCUUGCUCUGAUGUGACCACUGAGAUUUUUCCUUGUGAACGUAACUCCUACUGUUCUGCCUGGGCUCAGCGGCGCUGUUUGAUCCUUAAGGGAGACGCAUUCAAGGAUUGUCACUUAAAGGUGGAUCCAGAGCCCUACUAUCAUGCCUGUGUGCAGGAGUCUUGCUCCUGUGAAUUUGAAGGAAAGUUCCUGGGUUACUGCACGGCAGUGGCUGCCUAUGCAGAAGCCUGCAGUGAUCAAAAUAUUUGCAUAGACUGGAGGACACCUGAUUUGUGUCCUGUCUACUGUGACUACUACAAUGAGAAAGACCAGUGUAGGUGGCAUUAUGAAGCCUGUGGAACGAUGCUGACCUGUGGCAAAGAUGACAAUUUUCAUCACAAAUUGGAAGGCUGCUACCCAAGAUGUCCUAAAGAGAUGCCAUACUUUGAUGAGCAUACUGGCAGAUGCACUGAAUUGACAAAUUGUUCCUGCUAUUUCAAUGAAACCAUUGUCCCACCUGGAGAAGGAAUAAUUAUAGACUUAGUUUUGUGUACUUGUGAAAAUGGAACAUUCAUUUGCCCUCCCACAGCAACAACACCUACAACUACCACAAGUCCCACUGAAACAACUUCUAUAAGUACAAUACUAACCACAACUACCCCUGCACCAACUACGACUUAUUCAAGUACAACACUGGAAACUACUGUUUCUACACCUCCAACUACGACUUCUUCAGGCACAACACUGGAAACUCCGGUUUCUACACUUCCAACUACGACUUCUUCAGGCACAACACUGAAAACUACGGUUUCUACACCUCCAACUACGACUUAUUCAAGCACAACACUGGAAACUACGGUUUCUACACCUCCAACUACGACUUCUUCAGGCACAACACUGGAAAGUACGAUUUCUACACUUCCAACUACAACUUCUUCAGGCACAACACUGAAAACUACGGUUUCUACACCUCCAACUACGACUUCUUCAGGCACAACACUGGAAACUACUGUUUCUACACCUCCAACUAUGACUUCUUCAGGCACAACACUGGAAACUAUGGUUUCUACACCUCCAACUACGACUUCUUCAGGCACAACACUGAAAACUACGGUUUCUACACCUCCAACUACGACUUCUUCAGGCACAACACUGGAAACUACUGUUUCUACACCUCCAACUACGACUUCUUCAGGCACAACACUGGAAACUACUGUUUCUACACCUCCAACUACGACUUCUUCAGGCACAACACUGGAAACUACUGUUUCUACACCUCCAACUAAGACUUCUUCAGGCACAACACUAGAAACUACUGUUUCUACACCUCCAACUACGACUUCUUCAGGCACAACACUGGAAACUACGGUUUCUACACCUCCAACUAUGACUUCAUCAGGCACAACACUGGAAACUACGGUUUCUACACCUCCAACUACGACUUCAUCAGGCACAACACUGGAAACUACGGUUUCUACACCUCCAACUACGACUUCUUCAGGCACAACACUGGAAACUACAGUUUCUACAACUCCAACUAUGACUUCUUCAGGCACAACACUGGAAACUACAGUUUCUCCAACUCCAACUUCUUCAAGCACAACACUGGAAACUAUGGUUUCUACACCACCACCAACAACUUUGUCAAGCACAACCCUGGUCACGAGUGUACGGACUUCAGUCACAACUCCUGAGACUAAAACUACACCAACUUUGUCAACCACACAAAAGUCAACAAUAUCAGGCUGUUUCUGCAGAGACCUGAAACUCAACAAAAGAUGGGCCUGUGGUGACACUUGGACAGAGGACUGUUUUGUUAAGAGCUGUGCAAAUGGGAAUAUACAGUUGACCCCGGUGGUUUGUCCAGAGCCUGUUAUUCCCAAAUGUCCCAGAAAUCGGACGAUAAAGAUCAUGGAUGGAUGCUGUGAAACAUUGAGGUGUGACUGUCGCUGUGAGCUGUAUGGAGACCCUCACUACAUCUCUUUUAAUGGCCUAACCUUUGAUUUCCUGGAAGAAUGCACCUACAUUCUGGUGGAAGAGCAGUCACCGUUGCACCAACUGACCAUUGCGGUGGACAACUUCUUCUGCGUACCAGGGCUCUCAGGCUCCUGUGUUAAGGACAUUAUCGUAAAAUAUCAGAACCACACUGCUAAACUCGGUAUCAACUAUCAGAGUGCUUCUGUUAAGGCCACUCUGAACAAUGAGACUAUACAGCCACCCUAUGAGGAGGACGGGAUAAGGUUUGAAACCACGGACUACGAAGUGUUGAUCCAUCUUCCUGAGAUCCGCUCUUUUGUCUCUCUCUCGCCGUCUUUCACCCUGGUCGUCAAUCUUGCCAUGGAGCACUUUGUCAACAACACCCAGGGACAAUGUGGUGUGUGUGGUGGUGCUUCAUGCAUCCGUAGAGGAGGACAGAUCGAGAACGACACCUGCUGUCAUAGGACAGCCUAUGACUGGGUGUACCAUGACCCUAUGAAGCCACAGUGUUUAUCUGCACCAGUAGACCUACCCUGCAAUUAUCAGGAUCCCACUGGGCCCCCACCUACCUGUUCUCCAAACCCACUAUGUCAACUGUUUGAACACCCAGUGUUUGAUGACUGCAGCAAAUAUGAAGAUAUGAGUGUCAAAAAGAAAAACUGUGAGUUUGAUUCAUGUACAACCCAAAAUGCUGCUUGCUCUUCUUUGGCUCAAGGGGCUAAGGAAUGUAAACAUGCUGGUUUCUGUGUCGACUGGAGACAACUGACUAAUGGCAGUUGCGGUGUGAAGUGUCCCAAAGGAUUGGUUUAUGAAGAAUGCCGAGAUAAAAAAGAUGACUACUGCUUUGGAGGAGUCGUUAGAUCAGGUUCCAUUCUUAACCAGACCAGCUCUGGUUGUUUCUGCCCCCCAGGACUUGUCAGAGCAGGAAGCCACGCAGAAAGAUGUGUGAAACAAUGCAAUUAUUGCAAAGGACCACUUGGAGAGCCUAAAUUUCCUGGAGAGGUGUGGGAGUCUGGUUGCCACCUGUGUACAUGUAACAGUCAGACUUUAACUGAGGAGUGUUCUCCAAAACCUGUCUUACCAACGCCUGUCUGUUCCGCAAAUGCCACCUUGGUAAACAUCACUUGUUGUGGUGAUCCGAUUUGUGUUGAGAAGACCUGCAGCUACAAUGGAACCACAUACAGUUUGGGAGACAGAUGGAAUGACACAACUGACCCCUGCUUGUCCUUCACCUGCACUUCGAAUGGCAUUCAGAGUGAAUCAAGAGACUGUCCCUCCAACACCAGUCUAGAGGGCGACAGGACUGUGAACAACCAGAGCUGCUGCUUGACCUCUCCAGGCAACCAGACUUGUGCACCCAAGCUGACCAAAAUAAACGUCACCAUCAACGACUGCUCCACCGUCAUCGAAGUACCUGUGUGUGAUGGCUACUGUCAGUCCAAACCCUGGGUACUGGCGCACGCUUUCCUGGAUGUCCAGCAGGAGUACAGAUGCUGCCAGGAGCAGGGGUCAGAGUACAGACUCCUGGAUGUGGAGUGCUCUGACCUCACGAUCAGAAGAUACAAUUACACGCAUGUGACCAGCUGUGAGUGCAAAGCCUGUGGGAUGUCCUGAGCAGCAAACACAACCAGCGCCUUUACACGUUUAAAUUUGAUCCUAUUGCACUCAAAUUGAACUGAUGAUUGGGGAAAAUAUUUCCCCUUCUUUGCUGAAAAUAAUCUAUCCACUAUCAAAAGCCGUUACCCAAAUCCAAAUAUAUACUAUGAAUGUGAACUAGAGAUGAGUUGUCUCCUCUGUUUAACUUAUAUAACAAUAAAGGCAAUAAUUGUG